AUGCAGGCUCGCUUCCUCACCCGCGAGACGGGUGAACUCGCCCCACACGAGUUUGCGCGCACCGUCGCCUCCGACCUGGCGCGAUCGUUUGCGCCCGCACCGCAGCAUCGCUUCAAUGGCGAGGUCCUCCGACGCGACGACGCGUCCGACGUAGGCGACCGGCCGCACAGCAUACGCGCCCAUGGCGCCGGAGUCAGCAGCCUCGCGCUCGACAAGUUCGAUGGGCGCCUGCUCGUGUCUGGCGGUGCCGAGGGGGCCAUCAAGAUAUGGGACCUCGAGGAGAGCGGGAACCCGCACAAGCAGCACACGUACCGUCCCGUGGCCACGAUUGCGCGCUCGGCGAGGGACCAGAAGGGCGGCGGCCACAGCCACGGAGUGACGCACCUCGACUUCUAUCCCUUCGAUCCGGAUGCCUUCCUGUCGAGCUCGUACGACAAGAGGCUGAAGCUCUGGUCCACGCAGCGCGGCGCGCUGUCGGCUGAGUUCGACCUCAACGCCACCAUCUACUCGCACGCGACAAGCCCCGUGGCCGACCACCUCUUGGUCGCGUGCGCGACGCAGCACUCCAACGUGCGUCUCGUGGACCUCAAGUCCGGGUCGGCCGUGCAGGCCCUCGUCGCGCACGGCGGGCCGGUCCUCUGCGCGGCGUGGAGCCCGCGUCGGGAGCAUAUUCUUGCGAGCGGCCACGCCGACGGCAAGGUGCGCAUCUGGGACACGCGGCGUGCGGGCGGCGUCGUCGCGCAGCUCGACCAGGAGGACUCGCUGGGCGUGGUGCACCGCUUCCGCCACGCCGUCGCCGCGGGCGCCGACUGGAGCCGCGUGCCGCACUUUCGCGCGGCAGCGCAGGCGCACGACGAGGCGGUUAACGGGCUGCAGUGGACCGACGACGGGCGCUACAUUGUGUCGGCUGGGCUCGACAGGCGCAUACGGGUAUGGGACGCCGCGACGGGGGCUAACACGCUGGCCAGCUUCGGGUCGCUCGUCCAAAACCAGCACGCCAAAACCGCGAGCAUUGUCGUGACGCCCUCGGGGCUGGCUGAUGGCCGCGAACUGCUGUUUUGGGCGAACGACCAGGAGAUUCUCGUGCUUGACCUACACGAAGGAAGUCUUGUGACGCGGCUGCGCAGCCCCGGAGCGUCGAAUCCAGUAGGGCCGCGCGGGGGUGAGAUGGGGAGGAAUCGCAUCACGACUAUCGUCUGGCGCGGUGCCGGCGGAGGAGGCAGGCAGGUCGGCCCGGUGAUGGGCGGAAGCAACGCAGUGGGCGGCAUAUACAGUGCUCACCUUGACGGGCAGAUCCGCGCGUGGAUGCCGCAGAUCCCCGGGUCGGACGACAUAGAUGAGACGGAAGAGCUCGACGAGGAUGAGGAAGUGAGGCGCAAGAAGAGAAAGGCCGUCGACGAUGCAUACAGGAGUCUGAUGGGAAGGCAGAUAACAUUUACAUGA